AUGGAGCGGCGUGUAGCCGAAAUACCGAAAGCAGUCCAGGUGGCCUGUGGUGCAACGCAUACAGUUACCAUCAAUGAAACUGGACAUGUAUAUAUGUUUGGAGAGCAGCCCGAUGGUCAAAAAUUGUACAAACCAAUUGAAAUUCACUUAUUUCGCGGUGUUCCAGUUGUUCAAGGAAAUCUGUUUUCGGCAGCAGUAACAGCAAGUGGUGUGCUAUAUACGUGGGGCAAAAACGAUUGCGGACAGCUUGGAAGUCCACGUAAUCCUUGUUUGGUGCCCAGUAUACAUUCGGUGGUAGCGGUUGAAUGUGGUGAUAGCCAUAUGGUUGCUUUAACUCAUGAAGGACGAGUCUUCUCGUGUGGUGCUGAUUCAUUUGGGCAGCUUGGAUUUGGUAGGCCAGACGGCUCCCAGUAUAGUAUGAUGUGUAUCACCGAUAUGCUUGGGAGCCACGUGACAAAGAUCGCCUGCGGAAGGUGCCAUACAAUUGUAUUGGCUCAUGGUAAAAUGUAUACAUUUGGUCUGAAUAGCAGCGGACAACUGGGACAAGGCCAUACCGCCAAUCAAAUUACGCCUAUACCAAUCAGUUCAUCCAGUAAUGUGUCACAGAUAUUUGCUGGUUGGGACCAGAGUUUUUGCUUGAAGUUGCAGACGAAACAUGACUGCGUAAGAUUUUUCGUAUAA